AUGGCUUUUAAUGCAAAAGAAUUUGUCAUAAUACUCUGUAUUCUUUCUUUGGUAUGCGCUGCGUACAUGACCGUAUUAUUUUACAAAUCGAAGAAAAACCCAAUGAUGUUUUACUUUUCACUGGCCGUCGUGUCUUUUAACAUAUUGGAAAUGUGGGGUUUUAGAUAUGGUUUUGACUGGCACAAAGCUCCAAUUGAACUUUGUUAUUUUCAGGCCUUGGCUUUGCAGUUUAUGGCUUUUUUGAUAACCGCUUGCGGAUUCAAUUAUACCCUUCAAACGUACCGCCUUCUCGUUCUCCGUCUACGACACGAGUUGACCGAUUCACAAUGGAAGAAACUCUACUACGGGUUUAUAAUCGCAUAUCCUGUUGUUGGAACCACAAUAGUGUCCAUUCUAGCUCUUCAAAAAAAGGCCAUCAAAGUGCGAGAGUUUCGUUGCGAUAUAGUCUAUCCAACUUGGAUUCGUGUAUUUGGUUACAACGGCCCUGAUAUCAUCCUAUGCAUUGUUGGCACUUACUUAUUUGGUUACGCAACAAUCCUAGUCAUAUCCAAACUGCACAGAUUUAAUUCCAAGUCUUUUCAAACCCGUUUAUCGUGUCCUUUGGACGCAACAACGCCAGCAGUCGAAUCUUCAGAACCGCAAUUGAACGAUCACAUCAUCGACAUUCCUUCCGACCUAUCGUUAUUUGACGAAAUGGAGAGCAAAAUAUUAGAGGUUCAGAAAGAUCACGCGGUGACACAAGCAUCGGCGUCAAUUGAUACUACGAACAAUAAUAAUGACUUUAGCGUCGUUGCACCAGGGACACGAGCAUCUUCUACUUUAGAAGUCAAAGUCUAUAAUUAUAGGUAUAAUAUCACGCUGAAUAUCGCUAUUCGCAUGGUUGUUUUCAUAUGUGCUUAUCUUAUUAUAAAUAUCGGAAUAUCGCUUGGGACUAUUAUUUCCGUUGUAACAAAUACACCGGUAAGCCCGCAUGUCAAUAUAUCUGAUGUCACUGGUGCAUCUAUUGGAAUCUUGUUAUUUUUGAUUUUCGGAACUACCAGUAGUGUGAUAUAG